AUCCGUCUGUGGUUUCGAUCCGUCGCGGAUCAGUCAUGUGACUAUUUUUGCAACCAAAGCGCGUGCGCAACACAAAAUCUGAUCCGACUGGACUUGCUACAAGUCUCUUUCUAUCCAUUUAUUGCGAAGGAGAACGGAAGAGGAAAGGGGAGAGUCUCUCCAGGGUAACAACCCUAAUGACACAAAAAAGACAAAUGGACUCUGUCUCUCUCUGUCGCGGAAAGCAGGAAGUUUGCUGCGCAAACGCUUUUCCCACGGUAUUCUUGCGUAAUUAACCAGCGUGUUAUUAAUCAAGGUCGUGUUUUCAGUAUUCUUACUAUUUCUUUUGUCUCGUAAUAGCUCUACAUAGGUUUAAUCGUUAACACAUUUAUUGUUGGUAAUAUCUUUUGUAUUUGCCGGUUGGUUAAUUGACUUGGAACGUUUACACGUAUCUUUUGUAAUUAUAUUUUCUAAUGGGACCGAUAACUAAAAACUAAUUGCUUAUGGUUUAAUGAAGUCAGAGUGUGUUUGAAAUGAGCGUGUAAUGUAUAUCAUAUAUUUUUACUUAUAAAAUGAUAAAUACAAAAUGUUGUAUUGAUUGUUGAUUGCCUUACUGCAACACACUUUGUUGAUUUGUUCGGACUGUUACGAUACUCUCUUUGGUGCCAUAUCAUGAGAAUUUGGCGAUCAUGCUUUGCCACAAUUCUCUGUUCUUAGUCAUGUGUAUUAGAUCCAUCUCCUUGAUUGUUAUACCAUUUGUUUGGAUCCAUCCAGCUAGGCUAUUCAUCCACAGUAUUCUCUGCAUUCCCCUGCUUCUCUUCCUCUAUAUCUGUCCAGUUAACUAAUAACAACAAAAAUAGAGAUGUCACGAUGAUGCACGACAUACAAGACUAGUUGCUUAAAGACUCAUUACUAACAAUGAGCCAUUGCGCUACGCAAGCAUCCCAUAAUGCAUUUUUAGACAGUCUGAAAUCAAUUUACUGCCAUUGAAGACAAUUUACUGCCAUUGUUUGGAUCGUCGCCACGUUAGCAAAAGCCCAUUGUUAGCAACGAGUCUUUAACAACACACCCCCCUGUCCAACUGGCCUCUAUCCUGGAUCACGCACGCUGCUUUGGGGUUCAGUUGAUCAUUCGUCGUAAGUGCCUUGAAAAAUGGAUAACGUUAAGUCAUUUGGAAUAUCCAUCACAAUAGUGGCCGUGAUGGCAAAUUUCAGCGUCGCCUCUGCAAGUUUGUUUGUCAAUGUCUCCGUCACAGGCCUUGGUAUUGUGCAAGGCACAAGGAACAACAAUGCUGAGAUUUUCAAAGGGAUUCCAUUUGCCGAGGCACCAACCGGUGAUCUACGCUUCAAGCCGCCAAAACCUGCAAGAUGGAGUGGUUUUAGAAAUGCUACUCGGUUUGGCAAUGUGUGUCCACAAAGAGAAUAUUCGUCAAGCAGACUUGUAUUGAACGAAGACUGUCUUUAUCUAAAUAUCUAUCGGCCCGCAAAAAGAAACGGAAAACUAGCCGUUUUGGUUUGGAUUCAUGGAGGAAGCUAUAUUUACGGCAGUGCAAGUGAUUACGACGGGGAAACAUUAGCUGCGCGUAAUGGUGUCAUUGUCGUAACGAUCCAGUAUCGACUUGGUGUUCUCGGCUUCUUUAACAUUCCAAAUACGGACAUGAAAGGAAACUUUGGCAUGUUGGAUCAAAUUGAAGCGUUGAGAUGGGUUAAAAAGCACAUUGCUAACUUUGAUGGCAACCCAACAAAAGUUACGAUAUUUGGAGUAAGCGCUGGGGGAACGAGUGUCUCAUUGCUCACACUAUCGCCUAUGAUAAAAGAUGAGGGUCUGUUUGCUCGAGCUAUCGCCCAGAGUGGAGUUGCAAGUAAUUUCUGGGCUGUAAAAAAGGUUACGAACGACAAAAUAGCAAGACAUUUUGGCAGGCUGCUGCAAUGUAACGACGUUGAAAAGUUGGUAACCUGUCUGAAAGGUAAGACAACCAGAGAAAUUAUACUGAAACAAGAGCUGGUGGCAAACACGACGCUUCUUACAUCACCGGUUGUAGAUGGCCAUUUCCUGACAGAGCUUCCUUUAAAACAGGUUGCAAAAAAUACCUUACCCAAGUCCCAUGUACCACUUAUGGUUGGGUUUACAAAGAACGAAGGGACAUAUUUUGCUGGGGAUCCACGGGGUUGCAGCAAACAGUCUUACGAGCAAACUGUUAAAUUCUUAUUAAAACGUAUCUUUGGUAAUGAAAAUAGAAUCUUGGAGACGACCGUUAUCCACGAGUAUACGAGAUACCUUGCGGGUAACCUGGCCCUAAAAUGGUUCGACAGCACCUCUGACAUUUAUGGUGAUUCCGCCUUUUAUGUUGAUACUAUAAACUUUGCAGACUCGUGGUUUAGAUCGGGGAACGCUGUUUACAUGUAUUUAUUUUCUCAUUUGCCAGAAAACUUGGUAUUCCCCCAACAAAAAGUAGCCCAUGGAUUCGAAAGACCGUAUGUCUUUGGCUAUGCGACUGUAGGAUCUGGAUGGUUGUAUCAGAAAAACUACACAGCUAUCGACCGUAACGUAAGUGUUCAAUGCAUGGAGAUGUGGGUGUCUUUUGCAAAACACGGGUUUCCAGGCAAAGGUUGGCCCAAGUACCGUUCGGACACGAGGAAUUACUUAAACAUAAAAAACCCUUUGACUAUAGAAAGUCAACUAUGGCCUGACAGAAUGGCUUUCUGGAACAAAGUUGUGCCACAGAUUAUGGCUGGGACAAAGCCUCAAAAAUGUGAGGACAAAGCCAAAGCUUCGUCAAAGGCAGUCGAAGGACUCUUGUCGUUGUUGCUUUUAUGCUUUUUGUUCAACCAAUUUUUUCUAUAAUCCUGCUCGAGACAUAUUUUGCCGUUUAAGAAGAUUUUAGAUCCACCUCUCUUCCAUUGAAAAUCUGGUCCACGUUACACCCAUGUUCGGAAUUCGCAACCGGUACGCUUUGCGAUCAUAAUUCAAAGAACCGGCCUAAUGCAAAGAAUAAGCCAUGAGAGCUAAAGGAAAAUUUUAGCCAAAAGUGAGAAUAAAUGUAGUAUAUGAUUCUGUAACUGUGCCUAGUAAUCCCUUACAUAUGCCUUUAGCUUUAGCUUGGUUGCUAUGUCACUUAUUGAACUUAUGUUUGUAGAUAUCCGUGGGGAUAUAUCAGGUCACGGCUUGGAGGCAGUGUUGCAAUUCUUAGGAUCAUUCUCGAAAAUUUUUGGGAAAUCUUUAGUGCGUUGGAUUUUUUCUUGAAUGUUUUUAUCAAAAAAAGACCUUGGCAAAAAAUUUCCUGCACACAUUAUGUUACAUUUAUCAAUCCCAUUCUUAUUAUGGUAUGCAUGAAAAUAGUAAAACGUGUUAAGCGGGUGCAAACAGGCACGAAGCCAAGGGCGGGCACGGGGGAGGGGACUCCAGAAAAUCUCGUGCACUUUUUGUGAAAAUCCUAUUGUUUUUUAUGAAAAUCCCCAGAAAAUCUCGUGCGCUAUUUGCAAGAGUGAAGUGCCCCAACAGGCUAUUUUUCUUAAAAAGGUUCUUAUAUACGACAAGCCUUGCACACAUUAACACUGUUUUCCACAGCAAGAACUCUCACUGACAAAGUUAAACCAGCUUUAUUUUUCAUGUUAAAUUUCAACCAAUUUCAAUGCAACAUACCAUAAUCUAUUUUAUUUUUAGAUGGUUUGAUUUGCCAAUGUGAAUGGGGUAUAAGAAUACCUGUCCAAAAAUCAUUCAUUCUUUUGUACCAAUGAAUAAGUCUGAUCAGAUUUUUUGGCAUGAAAAUGUGCGCAUGGCCUGUACAUUCCUCUAAUUUUACGUUUAUGUACCAUAACACAACUAGUUUAAAAAUGACUAGGAAGGGCAAUGAGCUAUAUCGUUUCCUAAAAUAAAAAAAUGAUUAUGGAAUUUUUUAUUCAAACAUUGUCAUGCUGCAGGCU